AUGGUGUCUCCAUUGGCCGAGCUCAAAGAAAAGAUAUUUCCCACACUGCAAGACAACUUCAAGAACAUAGCAUGGUUCGCAGAGAGAACUAUUUUAGCACCUAGGAAUGAAAGCGUUGAUAACGUAAAGCAUGGACUCCUCCACAUUUUAACUAGAGAUGCUCCAACGUUUGUCUCCAUUGAUACUACUAAUCACGAACAUGCCGCUGUUGAGUAUCCAGUUGAAUUUCUCAACGCUCUACAACCCACAGGACUGCCAUCGCAUAAGUUGUUCCUAAAGAAAGUUGUACCUAUCGUGCUCUUGGGGAAUUUGGACCCACCACGACUAUCCAAUGGUACAAGCUUGACUGUAACUACAAUGACAAGUCAUGUCCUACAAGCAACCAUUAUUGCCAGCUGCCACCGAGGAGAAAUCACAUACAUUCCCCGCAUGCCCCUUAUUCCCUCAAAUGUGCCAUUUCAGUUCAAGCACCUCCAGUUCCCAGUGCGAUUGUGCUUCACUAUGACAAUCAACAAAGCCCAGAGUCAAACUUUAAAAAUUGUGGAUCACAAUUUACAAAUACUCUGCCUUUCUCAUGGACAACUAUAUGUCGGAUGCUCUCGAGUUAGCAGUGCAAAUGACUUAUAUAUUUAUUCUACAGACGCUGGACUUACGCAAAACACAGUUUACCCAGAAGCAUUGUCGGCUUCACUUAGCAUAUAUUGA